AUGGGGCACACAGGUCCGCUGCUGCGCAAGAACGUGUGGCUCAAGAAGCGGCGGCCGAUCGCGACCCUCUUCGAAGUCAUCGCGCCGGCGUUCGCGCUGAUUGCGUUUGCCGUCCUGCAGUCGUUCAUGUAUGGCAGCUACGAGGUGUCGUUUGCGCCAGGCUGGCAAAACUGGCCGCUUCUUCCAGGCUACCCCAACGUCAACUACGGCGACCGCGUCCAGACGUAUGGCAGCAAGCGUGGCAUGCACUUUGCCGAGCCUUCCGUGUACCAAUGGCUGCAAAGCUCGAUGGGCGAGAGCUACGACACCAAGAUCUGCUUUCAGAACCCGUCGCCCGACGAGCAAAAGUCGACCAAGUGCCGAAAAGCACUUGCGCUGCGGCCCAAGCUCGCGAUCGUCCCGGACACGGUCUUUACGCGCAAGUACUUUGCCGCAGCGCUCGCGACGUGGUACCCGUCGCUAUCGGUACCCAUCGCAGACAACAAGACGGUCACGAUUUCUGGCAUUACGGCCGACGACCUCGUCUUCUUCGAGUCGGAAGUCGCGCUCGAGGCCUAUGUGACGAGCCCGUCGUACGGCCCGGAAGAAGACGAUUGGUACUACCGGUAUUCGUCACGGGACGAGACUGCCAAGGAGAGCACGACCACGGCGCCGCUCCGCGCAGCCAUCGUCUUCAACACAGCGCCAGCGCCAAACAAGAUUGGCACGUUCCAGACGGUCGAGUACACGCUGCGGUUCCCGAACCUCGACCGGGGCCAAAA